CGAAUAGUAACAUACGACACCGCGGGUCCCGUGAAAGAACAUCUGGCAAAACUCCUUUUAAAUAGCUGCACCGCGCCGUCCCCAUCGACUGCAUCCUCACUCAUCAAUCAUCCUAGGUUUUCCAUCCCUUCGAAACCAAGCCUCUCACCAUGCAUCUCUCUCCACUACUCACCAUCGCUUUGGGAGCUUUGGCUACCAACGCGAUCCCCUUGGAAUCUUCUGCGGCCCAUUCUACGCCUGAAAUGAUCCAGGAUGGCCCAUUCCCUCUCGCCCGGCCCAAGUCCACCGCAGCCCCCCAAAGCGAGCUUCCGGCCACUGGCCUCGAGAAGCGUGCCGAUAAGUGUGGCGGCGGCUUUGGGUCCUACAACACAGCUGAUGCGAACGAGCUCCAGCGACAGCUGCAGAAUUACAACCCCGAAAAGUUGGCCUAUUUGCCUGCGUGGUCCUCGAUCUCAUGGAGUAUCGGCACCGCCAAAGUCUGCGCUAUCAACAUGUACCUUUCUGACAACACCCACGUCAAGGAAUGGGAGGUGGGCUGGGGCAUGGGAUAUGUUCGGGACAAGUGCUGUGGUGGAAAGUCAUCUUGCACCGGUGGGAUUUGCAGCGGACAUGGUGACACGGGCCUCUCCGUCGACUUCCGUGUCCAGAACUCCGCCAGAUCCUGUGAGUGGUGAUACAAAGGAGGAAGUAAGGUGCUAGUGGUGGAUGCACUUAAAAACCGGCAGGAGACCUGACGAUCUGUGAGCCAUGUUGCAUGGCAAAGACGUUGAAUGAUAGAGAGGCCAAAUUUCUCAAAUCAUCAUUUAC